GGUGGUCUGCCUUUUUGAACCGCCCCUUCAAUUCGUCCUCCAAAAUCUGCCCGCCAUGGCCUCCCCCACCUCCUCCUACUCCGCCGCCGCCUCCUCCCUCGCGGCUUCCGCCCCGGAUCCACCCUCCUCAUCCGCCCAUCCCCUCCCUCAACUGCGGCCAUACGCCUCAGCCUCACUCCGCCCUUCACCGGCCUUCUCUCCCCAGCCCGUCCUCGGCAAACCCCUAAACCCUCCCCCUCCCACGCAGGGACUCCUCUACCACCACCGCGGUGCCUUCCCCCCGCGCCCCUCCAUUCGCCCCUCGCAGGCCGCUGCCGUUAUGACCUUUGCGGCCGCCGCACAGGCGAGGCCUUUCGCCUACGGCCCCGCAGAUCCGAUGGUCACCCAGAUGCAUGUGCCCAUCCACCACCUGAGGCCGCCUCCUGCGCCGUUGGUGGUCCACCGGCCCGUCGUCGCUCCCACCGGUCCGAUUAAGAGCAUCCAAUCAGGAGCUCAUCCAAAGGCUCCGCCAAAUGCUUCAGUGUCUUCAACAGCAGAGGACAACAAAUUUAGGAAGAGGGAAAGGAGCAGGGAAGAUGAUGUUAUGGUGAUUAAUGAUCGUAAAGUCAAGUUAUUGGAUGGUUGCUCAACGUCCCUUUAUUCUCUUUGCCGAUUAUGGGUGUGGAAUGGCCAGCCUCAUGAAAUUCAGACAAACUUUGGAGAUGGUGAGAAGCUUCUUCCAAGACCUUUGCCUGCUUCUAUGGUUGAUUCUGAAGUGAAUGCGCAACACGAAAAUGAUACUGAGGUUGAUGAUGUCAAGGAGGAUGAGCAUGUUGGCUCUAUCGAGGAGUUAUCUAUGGAAGAUUUGCUCCACAGACAUGUAAAACAUGCAAAAAUUGUCAGGGCGCGAUUGAGAAAAGAGCGUCUUCGGAGGAUUCAACGGUGCAAACAGAGACUCGCACUUCUUCUUCCUCCACCAAGUGAGCUUGGUAAAAAUGAGAUCACUCCAUAAAAUCAGCUGGCCAAUUACGAUUUGGUGUUUCACUUCAUCCCACAGGCAUCCAGAGCUGUUCCCUGUUGAAGAAACGCCCAAUGUAUGUUUGCUAAUCUUUAAAAUUGUUGUGGAAUGUGGAUUGAAAUUGUUCCUGUAUUACAGCUCUAGAUUUGUUUAUGCCAAUUUCUUCCUCUUUUAUAGUGAAUUUCUUCAGUUUUAUGAUUUUGAAGCAAUUGUACUAGAGAACUUUUCCACAUAUAUUAAGGAUUGAGAAUGAGGUAGAUAAUUUUGAUGGAAACAUAGAAAAUAUGUUGA